AUGGGGCUUUCUCCCCCCAUGCGCGCUUCCCCCCAGCAGAGCUGGUCUGCCUGGAGGGGGGAUGAGGGGGAGGAUGACGAGGGGGAGGGAGAAGGGUUUCGGGGGUUGGAUGGAUUGGGUGGUGAUGGGAGCGUUGGGGAGGGGGGAGAAGUGUUAAGGGGUCGUGGGGAGUGGGGGGAGGAUAGAGUAGGAAGAGGAGUGAGAAAAGAGUCUGAUGCAGGGGAUGCUGUUGGGGAGGAGGAUUGGGGGAGUGGACAGGAGGAGGGGGGUGGAGUGGCAAUGGCAGCAGCGGCGGCAGCAGCAGCAGCAGCGGCAGCACAGCAGCGUGUGGGGCCAGAAGUGCGUUACAUGAGUCACGAGCAGAGAGAGGAGCAGGAGUACGGGGGGGGAGAAUGCGUGAAUGAGCAUGCAUAUGGUAGUGAGGAAGAGGAGGAGGAGGAGGAAGGGGAGAGAGAGGAGGAGUCGAGGAAUUCAAGUGGUGCUGCUAGGGAGAGGGAGGGAGAGGGAGAAGAAGAGUAUGUGGAAGAGGAAGAGGAGGAAGAAGAGGAGGGUAUAGAGGAUAUGGGAAGAGAGGAGGACGAGUGGGAUGAGGCGGAAAGGAGAGGGCGGGAGGAGGAUGGAAGGGGGCGCGGGAGGGAUGUGUGGGAGGAGGGAGAGAGCGAGGAGGAGGAGGGGGAAGCGGAGGAAGAGGAGAGGGAAGACGAGGAUAUGGAUAGUGAAGGCGGAAGGGGCGGGCCAUGGGAAGGGGUUGUUGAGCAAGGAGGAAGGGCAGUAGAGGAAGAAGAAAAGGAGGAGCAGGAGCAGGAGGAGGAGGAGGAGGAGGAGGAAGAGGAGGAGGAAAUGAGUUUGGAUGAUGGUGAUGGGAAUGGUGAUAGUGGGUUUGUACCCUUAGCUAUGGCCAUGCCCAGUAUGGACCUAGACGGCCUUCCAUCCGUGCAUGGCCGAGAGGAGGACGAGGAAGAAGAGGAGGAGGGAGAGGAGGAGCAGGAGGAGGGUGAAGAGGGGCAGAGCAGUGAUGAGAGCGAUGAGCAGAGCGGCGAAGAAAGCAAUGAGCGGUAUGACGAGCAGAGGGAUGAGCAGAGUGGUGAACAAUAUGACGAGCAGAGGGAUGAGCAUUACCAAGAGCAGAGCGGGGAGCAGUAUGAUGAGGAUAGGGAUGAGCGCAGCAGGAGUAGCCAAGAGGAAGAGGGUCAGCAAGACAGAGAGGGCCCUCCCGACUUCCCCUCUCCCUCCCAUGCAGCACCAACAGCCUUUCCAGACACACCCAUGUCUCUUGACUCUUCCUCUGUCGCCCUCGCCUUACCAGCUGGUGACGGCAUCUUGAGCAACAUGAGCAACAGUAGAGCAGGGGCGCCUUAUCUUGCUCCCCUCCGCACCCACAACAGCGAUAGCAGCGAGGAAUCUCUAGACCUUGCGGCUGCUGCUGCUGCUGCUGCUGCGGGUGCUGCUGCUGCUGGUGCUGGUGGUGGUGUUAUGGCAGUAUCUGUGUUUCCAGGUGGCAAGCCGCCGUCGCGCCAGGCGUCAAUGGUGGCAUCUCAGCCGAUUUCCAGGCAGGCGUCCAAUCAGGGGCCGACACGUCAGCUGACAGCAGGAAGAGGAGGAGGAGGAGGAGCAGGUCAGAAGAACAUGAGGGGUAACCGCUGGGCUGGGGGUGGUGGUGGCGAGAGCAGCAGGGACGGCGACAGCAGCACAGCAGGAGGGGAUUUCAUGAGUGAAGCAGAUUCGGAGUUCGGUGUCCCGAUAGCCAUGCCGCUGGAUGCAGAGGAGAAGAGAAGGAUUAUUCGAGCCGCUUUGCCUGUUCAUAGUGAGGAUGAUAGUGGUAGCGGGGAGGAGCAAGGGAGGAGGCGGAGAAGGGGUGGUGGUGCUGGUGGUGGUGAGGAGGAUAGUGAGGAGAAUGAGUAUACUGAGAGUGGCGACGAGGGGAUUGAGACGGGAGAGUUUACGAGCGAGUUUGCUCCACCCAUCGCCAUGCCUCUUAUUCACGGCACAGCUGUUGCUGUAGAUGAUGAUGAUACCAGAACAGCAGCAGCGGCAUGCUCGCCGCCCGCCCGUCCUCCUCCUCCUCCCGCAUUCCUGUCGGCGGCAGCAGCAGGAAAACCGCCGGUUUGCCUCCAGCCGUGCCCCGACCGAAGGGCGCGGCGGGUGGAGGAGGAGGAGGGAGGAGGAGGAGGAGGAGGAGGAGGAGGAGGAGGAGGAGGAGGAGGAGGAGGAGGAGGAGGAGGAGGAGGAGGAGGAGGAGGAGGGGAUGGGCUGCGGGCACAGAAGGCCAUGGUGGAUGCUCAGAAUCCGUUCCGGGGAGGAGGAGGGCCGCCGUCUGUGGCGUCUUCUCAGGAUUACACAGUGGUGCAGGGGACUGGGAGGAGGGCGGUUGUGCCGCUGAGAGGAGCUUCUGGGUCCGGGAGGAGUGGUGGAGGGGGGCGACUGUCGGAGGAUGAGGGGUCGAUGCAUGGCGGGAAUGUGUCGGCACGACUAACUGGACCUGCUAGAACCUCCAGCCUGCAAUCCGACGGCUCUCCUUCGCUCAACCACACCAACACGCAGCGAUCCAACCAUUCAUCCGGGCGGGGGGGCGCACGAGCAGACACGAUCGACAGGGAGGGGAAGAGCAGGAGGAGCGGGAGGGCCAGCAGUGGAGACAGCUGGGCAGAGCAGAAACGCGGGACGAGCGGAAGAGGAGGCAAGAAGGACGAAGAGGAGGAGGAUGUUUCCGGGAAGGAUCUGGAAGAACCAAAUGAGAAGCUGUGGGAGGAGGACGGCGGAGGGUUGAGGCGGAUUGAGAUGGAUGAGUCGAAGCGGCUGCGGAGUGCUGUGUCUUCUGGCUCGUGCUUCCUGCAGUGCAUGUUCAAACGCCCAGCCACCAAGGACUGA